ACAUGUUCUAAACAGGUUACAUCUCGAGGAAGAAGCAUCCUAUAACAGAAGAAGUUGAUGAUGGUCAGGACAACACCGGAAAUAAGAAAGUGAAGAAGAACAAUUCCGAAGCAGAAGCUGAUUCUUCUUCAUCAGACAGCUCUUGUUUUGUGGCCCCUGUUACCGCUUCCAAUCUGGAAGAAGAUUCUCUGUGUCUUCCACCAGAUUUCACAAUCUCAAAUGGUUUUAAAAGAAAAUGCCGCAAGAUUGUUUUAACAGAUGAAAGGGAAAGAUCAUGGGCGUUGGAUCUGAGGUUCAACAAAUCGUCUGAUACAUUCUGUAUAACCCGAGGCUGGAGAAAUUUCUGUGAAGAAAACGGCCGAAAAGAAGGAAGCUUAUUUAAGUUCAAACUAAUAAUGAGAAACGGGGAAACACCGUUGCUCAGUGUCUGCCCAACAGAAUCUAUCAGUGAUGGACCACAAGGAGUCGACGAGAACAUUCCUCAGAUAUGUAGAGAUUCAACCUUACCAAACCCUAACCGAUUUGUGACUUUAACACUUACAAAUGAUAGCCUCAAAAGUAGCAGACUGUAUCUCCCAUUGCCAUUCUUGAAAGAAAACGGCAUGGACAAACCGGGUAUGGUAACUUUGUUGGGGAAAGAUGGUACAAGGAUGCUGGCAAAUCUUCUACGGGAAAACUCAGGAAGAAUGAGUUUAGGAAAGGGCUUGAAAGAUUUUGCUAGAGCAAACGGAUUAAACAUGGGCGAGUCCUUCACAUUGGAGUUGAUCUGGGAAAAUGCGACUCCUGUGCUCAGUUUGCUCAGUACGGAAUUCAGAAGCCAGAACCGAUUUGUGACUUUAACUCUUACACAAGACAGCUUCAAAAACAGUAGACUGGGUCUUCCAUUGCCAUUCAUGAGGGAAAACGGCAUGAACGAACCUGGAACGAUAGCUCUGCUGGGAAAAGAUGGUACAAAGUGGAUGACAAAUCUUCUACGAGAAAGCCAAGGAAGAAUGAGUUUGGGUAAGGGCUGGAAAGAUUUUGCUAGAGCAAAUGGUUUAGAAAUUGGUGAAUCCUUUACGUUGGAGUCGAUUUGGGAAGAUGCAACUCCUAUGCUCAGUCUCUCCAGUAGAGAGUCCAAAAGGGAAAAAGUAUAUGUUUCCACCGAACCAAGUAUCGGAAACGAAACCAAGAAAGAUGAGAACAACAUAGAGGAUUAAUGCAUCUUUUCACCAGUCCAAAACUGAUUCAUGACACUAGCUAGCACUUUGGUAAAUUUAUAAAAUAACACUUGUUUCAGAGUUGAAUUUUUUUCUUUCUUUUUCA